AUGGGUCUUCACUUAAGUUCCGCUUGGAGAACUCCCAGGGGCUGGAGGUUAAUUAUUGUUACACUCGCUGCCCUGACCUUGCUGCUGGUUAUACCCCUCCAUCAGCUCAGCGACGACACCCCGGGGCUAUACGGACAUUUGACAAAAUAUCUCAGUCAUGAAGGUGCCGCAUACGAUGUCGAAGAAGGCUUUGUCGCCAAUCUCAACGAAACAACCACCAACCAAAUACUAAACGAUAAAGAACCCGCCGAAAAGAUCCCAUAUGAUACGGACUCACCACAAUACACUGGCGAAAACGGAAAGCAAACCCCGGACAGCCCUAAGGUGCCGGCUGAACCUCAACAGUCACCAGGUAUCGAGAAGCCUGAAGAUGAUGAGGAUGAUGGAUCAAUUCUCGAGAUCGACCACGGUACCGACGAUGAGCUACAUCACAAUGAGCAAGCCCACAGCGAGGUGUCCAGCAAGACUAGCGAGACUAGCAAACCUCAAAGUAGCGAGACGAACUUGCCCAAGCCUCAGGUCGACGAACACGAGUCGCAGGAAGAUGCAGCUAAGCCCCAGGAAGACAUGGACGAGCAGAAAUCUCAGACCCAUGAGCAUAAGCCCGAGAGCGAACAAAAUAAGCCACAGCCUGAUGAGAAGAAGCUUCAGAGUGACGACAAACCUAAGAGCGACGAGAAGCACCAGAGCGAAGAAAAAAUACAAAAGGACGCCCAGGACAAGUCCCAAGAGGGCGGAGACAAGAAACUUGAGGGUGUCGAGAUGUCUGACAAAGCGCAAACCCACAAUGACGAUCAUGUCGAAAACGGCGACAGCGCAACCAAGAUCAUAGCUUAUGAGGACAGCGCGACAACCAGUUUCGCAAGCGAGUUCACACCUUCUCAGACCGCAGAACUUGAUGUCCCCUCGGGUCCUCUGUCCAACUGGACCGGAGUCUGUGAUGGAUUUCCUAACACAGACGGCAUCAUGCUCGUUAUGAAAACAGGUGCCACCGAGGCAUUUACCAAGCUCCCAGCUCAUCUUCUGACAAGUCUACAAUGCCUGGACGAUUACUUGCUCUUUUCUGAUCUGGACCAACAAAUUGACAAGUACCAAAUCUACGAUGUCCUGAAAGACGUCAAAGACGACGUCAGACAAGGGCGCAAGGAAUUCGAUCUUUACAAAGCACAGACCGAAUGCCCUAUUUCUCAGCAGUACUGCACUGCCGAUAUGAAGGAAGGUUGGAAUCUUGAUAAGUACAAGUUCCUCCACAUGGUAGAAAAGGCUUGGGAGAUGCGCCCCAAUAAGGAGUGGUAUGUGUUUGCCGAGGCCGAUACAUACGUCUUUUGGUCGAAUCUGGUCUGGUUUCUCCGUAACAGGGUCAACGGUACAGAAACUCCUUACGUCGGAAGUGUCGCAAUGCUCAAGGGCAAGCCAUUUGCCCAUGGCGGUAGUGGCUAUGUCAUCCAUGGUGAUACCAUGAAGAAGAUGGUUGAAAUUCCAGACUUGGCACACAAGUACGAUCUAAUGGCCCAUCACGAAUGUUGUGGUGAUUACCUCAUGUCCCUGGCUGUUAUGGAGACCGGUAAGAAGGUUAGGCAAGCGCAUCCUAUGUUCAACGGCGAAAAGCCUGUUACUCUACCCUUCGGUAACACCCACUGGUGUGAGCCUCUUCUAACUAUGCAUCACAUGAACCCAGAGGAGGUCAGUGAUGCUUGGCACUUUGAACAGACACGACAGAAACAGGGAUUUAUACAAAUCAGGGAAAUGUAUCAUCAGUUCUGGGAACCCCAUCUACAGGCAGAGCAAGAGGAUUGGGAUAACCUAUCUGACGAUGUCUGCUAUGUUGGUUUCGGCCCUGAAGCACAAGCCAAGGCCACUGACAAACAGAGGAACAGACAGAGAAAGGAAAAUGAGAAGAAGGCUGUGGAGCAGCAUGCUCACCGCUCUAAGGAGCAUUGCGCCAUGGUUUGCGAGAGUGAGAACCUUGACAUAUCCGAAAACGAUUAUUAUGGUCUCAAGAAUGACAAGGAACGCAACGAAAUGAUCAGAUCUCGAUAUGAUGAGAAAAAGGGCGACAAGGUUUGGCACUCGGGUCGCCGCUGUUUCCAGUGGCGCUUCCAGAACAAUGUGUGUUGUAUUUCCAAAAGUUUCAAGAGAGGCAAGCCUCACAAGGACCAAAAGUCUGGACAGAAGUCGACAAGUGGUUGGUUUGUCAAGGGCAUCAACGACUGGAUUGAUGCUAAAGGUGAUUGUACACCCAAGUGGAAGAAUCCUAGCUAA